AUAACUCUUCAAAAGAAUUCCAAACCAGUUCUACAGCUCUAAAUAAAGCUACUUGUUUACCUGUGACAUCAAAGUAAAACUACCCAGGUGACUUAAUACACAAUUGGAAAUCUUAUUCAGUAAAGAACAGAAAUGAAUAAAGAUCAAUGUGAUAUAUACUGGUGACCAUGGGUACUGCUAUAGAAUCUUUAGAAGUAGACCUAGAACAUGAUAUAGAUGAACAGUACCAGUAUCAACCAGGUGAAAUACUACGAGGAUAUAUUUCUGUAACAACGUCUCGCCAAACUUUUAUCACAAAAAUCUAUAUUUCAAUAACAGGACAAGGUGCGGUAGCAUGGGAAGACCCCCAGUUUGGGUCAUUCAAUGCAAAUGAGGAAUAUAUCAAUGCUAAACACUCGGUGGAAGACAGAGGACUGAAUGAUCCAUUACUUCUUGUAAAAGGAGAACAUAAAUUUCCAUUUGAAUAUCAACUUCCCGAUAAUCUCCCUUCCUCUUUCAUUGGAAAAUUCGGUAGUGUGACUUAUGUCCUCAAAGUAAUUGUAAAUGGUGAAAAAAGUGAGACUAAUAUUACAAGUGAACCAUUUCUGGUAAUAAGGAAAGCAGAGAUUCCGGAAACAUCACGAAAAUCUGAAAGCAGGUCAAUGGAACAACGAUUUUGGGGCCUGUGUUCAACUGGAAAAAUAAAAUUUGAUAUUACAAUCGAUAAAGUGGGUGUUUGUCCGGGAGAAGAUAUUUACAUUCAAGCUGAAGUUGCUAAUACAAGUCCUCUAUAUAUAACAGCUGUUCAGGCAUCUAUUGUAAUGAACACUCUAUACCAUGCACGUAAAAAACUUAUUCCCUUCCGUCAAGUUGUAAAUAAAAGACGUGACGAACAGGAAAUGACAGAGGGAGAUGGGCGCAAGUGGCAUAAUGUACGAUUGACAGUGCCACCAUAUAUACCAGAAUCAAACUUGGAUUACUGUGAUAUUAUAGAAAUAUCUUAUUCUUUCCAAUUCAGGGUGGAAAUAUCAGGAGGAAAAGAAUUACGAACAGAAAUUCCAUUAUUAAUAGGAUCCAAGCCAAAAGGAUUAGAAAUUCCAACUACACACAAUCCAUUACUUAACAAAAACUGGGGCAGUCCAGGUGACGAUAUCAUAAAUAACGGAAAUAAUCAACAUGAAGUAGAUUACAGUCAUGAGGCAAAUGAAUGGCAUCGUGGGAUUGUUCCUGAAUUACGACCUUUUGACACCACAAUGAAGAAUCCUUUGUUUGAAAAUACAGGAAAAGCUGAUUUACCAGAAGAAAUCAUUGAAAGUUCUAGACUUUGAUCAAAAUACUUUUUAGUAAUAACAUUUUUGAAUUAAUGUUCAGUUCAGCAGGUUCACUCAAAGCUAUCAAACUGACUUAUUUUCUUAAAAUUUGAGGAAACUGCUGGAAAUGAAAAUAUCAAGGUAGCCAAAACUAUCACUAAUAAUAUAAAUGGUGCUUUAUUUAAAUUAUUUUU